GACUGGAACUUGUAAAAUUUCAUGAUUUCUUUGUUUUGUGAUUGUUUACAACAGCCCGUUACAAUUUCGUUUGAGUAUUUGGAUGAUUCAAGAGCAUCCGCAAAUGUAGAUGUUGCACUUUAUUACGAAACGGCAUCUAGGAUCUACAAAUAAAGGUAUAAGUUUCACCACCCAAUCGCCCCCCUCCCCACUGUGAUUGGCAUGUAGAAGCAAAUGGUCCCUGCUGCAUAUCUGGCUUUUAUUCCUUGCUCCAACAGAUAGGAUCACACAGACAUAUGAGAGCCUGCAGAGGAGGACAGCCUUCCCACUGAUCUUUGCACAUGAAGAAACAGCCAUCAUCACUCCAACAGAUCCCGACUGUACCUGACACAUUCUGUGUAGAAGUAUGGCGACUAGUCUUCCAGCAAACAGCUUAAUGGACAGUCCUUCGGAGGGUGAGGAGGACUUUGAGGACUGUUUGGAAGAACUUGCAAUUGUCCCAACUGAAGAUGUGAACAUAAAUGAAACAGACUCAAGAACUGCCAUAAAGCCUCUGGAGGAGACCAAGAGUGAGGAAGAGGAUCCGUUGGCAAGAUGCAUACCCCCCUCCCACAACAGUGUGAUGAUCUGGACCCUGGAAGAAGCGCUGCAGCACCAAGUGGAACAGAUAGGAGUCUCUGCAUGUGGAGCCACUGCAGUCAUUAAUGUGUUGUCAGCGCUUGGCAUCCCAUGUAACCCUGAUGUUGUAGACCAGGCUGUUGACACUCGCCUAAGAGAGGAGGAGGCCCCCCUCCCACAGUACCUCUUCUCAAGAAGUGUGGCUGGCACUGUGCACCAGGACUUGAUAAAGGGAAUGUCAGCUGUUACUGAUAGCAGAGUCGUAGGGAGGUUUUUUGACUUCCAUCCAGACAGAGAGGUGAAUCUGGUGCAGUGGCUUGGGCACUGGAUGGAAAAAGGUGCAGUGCCCAUUGCCACUAUGAACAUGCAGCAGGGCGUCCCCCUAGGCGAGCCUAUCCCAGAUGCCUGGCAUCACCAGAUGAUUUUUGGGAUUGGCCCAGAGGGUGUCCACAUGGUCAAUCCUCUCAUCACAGAAAAGCUGGAGUUGUUUCAUCAUCACAUCUGCAGUGAGUCGGUGCUGCUGAUCCGUCAGGCUGACGUGGUGACUAGGUGUAGCGGAGCUGACCUGAACCUGCUAGAGAGGGGCGGGGACCCCAGGUGGAGCAACAGGUGGCAGGACAUGCGGGUGGCAGAACAAUGUAUGGAGAUGAUGAUGGAGACCUUACUGGCCUACAAGGGAGACAUCCAGCCAGCUCAGAUGACCAGAACUCACGUCAGAAUCCCAGCAGCAUACAGGUCCGGCAUCACUCUCUUCAUGAAGAGGGACACCCCCGAAUAUUUGGAAAUGUUGGACUCUCCCGGGCUCGCACUAAAGCAGAUGCAAAUUAGAGCAUGAGACGCUGCCUGCCAUUGGUGGAAAGAACAAUUUGAAACAAUUUUUACAUUAUAUUAAUUGUUGACCCAUAAUUUGGGUCAUUUAACAUUUGCAUCACAGGGAUGCAUUUUGGUAUUUUUUACCUGGUUACAUUAACUUGUACAGAAGCUUUGUUUUUGGUGUGUCUGUUAUCUUCUUGUGUGCAUGUAAGUUACUUGAUAUUUAUCCAAUGUCAGUAGAGUGGUAGGAAGGGAGUGGGAAGAUGGAGCCAUUGCAGAUAUGACAGUUCAU